AUGCAGAAAGAAAUCAAAGACAUCAAGAAGUUCGUUGAACUGUCCAGAAGAGGCGACGUUAAGACUGCCACUAUCAAGGUCAACAAGAAGGUGAACUCUGUCGGUAAGCCAUUCAAGCAGACCAAGUUCAAGAUCAGAGGAACCAAGAGUCUGUACACCUUGACCGUUGACGACGAGGAGAAGGCCAAGAAGCUGUCCCAGUCUCUCCCACCAACCUUGGAGAUCACCAAGAUCGAAUAA